GGUAGCAGGGACUACUGCGCAUUUGAUCGUUGGCAACGCUGUGUGUAGAGCAUUUGGAUUUAUAUUUGCUCCAUUUGAACUACUCAGAUUUCGAUCUUAAAACAGUAAUCAUUUAAUAGUGACUCCACUUUGUGAUAUAUUUUCAUUAUGGUUAGGAAUUGGGAUCACGUUCUCUAUGAAAACGUCCGCACCGGCAAUAUGUUGUACAUCCAGAAGUCCGUAAACCAAGGCGCUGACAUCAACUGCACAACAUUCGAUGGAAACACGCCUUUAGCAAACGCCACGAAAAGAGGCCGACUGGACAUCAUGCAGUAUCUGCUGAGUCACAAAGCAGACAUAUUUAAAGCCGGAGCUAAAGGCAAGUCUCCACUGUCCUGGGCGAUAUACCGUGGCCACAUGGAAGCCCUCAAACUAUUAUUGUCGAGUGGAGUUAACGUAAACACGACAGACCAACAGGGCAACACACCUCUAGUGUACGCUGCUAGAGAAGGCAAAGUCAAUAUAGCGGAAUAUCUAGUUUCCAACGGUGCUGACGUCAACAAAGGUACCCUUGGAGGAAGCACACCUCUAGUUGAAGCAGUCAUCGCUGGUCAUUUGCCCAUUGUCAGACUAUUGGUGACUAAAGGCGCAAAAGUUGACAAAAUGGGUCAUGAAGGUAACACACCGGUGGCUCUUGCUGUGAAACACAUGCACCCAGAAAUUGUGAAAUAUCUAACGUUUGUGGAUGCUGAUCUUGGUAAAAUUGGUGACGAAGGUAAACCUCCACUGUCGUGGGCUGUGAUUAACGAUGAUUUGGAUAUGGUGGAGUUUCUUCUGGAAAAUGGAGCCGAAAAGACGAUUCAGAUCGCUUUUCUCCAAGCUAUUGAUUCAGGGAAUUGUGAGAUUGUGAAAUUUUUGAAAGAAGCAGGUGCCGAUGUUAAUUUUGAGUAUAAGAGUGAUGAAAGACCGUUGGAUAGGGCUACUGCGGCUGGUCAUUUGGAUGUUGUUAAUUAUUUAGUUGAGUGUGGAGCAGCUGCUACACACGAAAGUGAUUCGACUGAUGAUUCUGAUGAUUCGUUUGUGAUGGUAGAUGAAGAAGAUUGUGGAUUGUGAUCACCACGUUUCUUCCUACGUUCCAGGGAUAACUAGAAGAUAGUUGUACUGGAUAAAAUAAAACAAGACUGUUAAAAUAAAGUACAAAUAAAUGUUAUAAACUAA